AUGCAUGCAUAUAUGCAGAUAUAUAUUUUUUUCUCCAUUUUACUUUUUUUUCACCUUUUUUUUUUUUGCAUUACAAAUGGGUCUGUAUGCAUAUAUACUGUUCCGUGCUCCAAAUUUGAGAGCGAGCCGUUGCUGGACGGUGAUAAGAGGGUUUUCCUGAAGGAAAAGGAAAACCGGGUGAUAGUGAGGGUGGAGGGCGAAGGGAUUCUUGGAGGGAUGCCGUGGUACCUUAGUACCUUUCGUGUCAGCUUCUGCGCCAUUUAUUCAUAUUUGGCCUACCUGCAAUUGCGAUGGAUCGCCGAGGCGGAGGAGCGCUAUAGACGUUCUCUGACGUGGAAGCCUGCAGUGGCCACUAUAUUUGAUCACAAUAUUGUCAUGAAGCGCGGGGGCUCGAGUCAUGUGCAGUAUCGCUUUGUUGUGGGAGGAAAAGAGUAUGUGGGUGAUCGAUUCCGCAGCGGUGGCAUCCACAAGGAGGAGAUGGUGUCAAACCCAGCCCUUCUCGGUGCGGGAACGCAGCUGGUGGUCUACCACAACCCUGCCGACCCCAACGAGAGUGCCAUCAAGCUGCAGACCGAUCGUGGAGCGGAGUCGGUGUUUCUUCUUGGCAUUGCAGUGUCGCUUCUUGUCUCCUACAGGUCUGUGCGAUGCGAGACGAUUUUGCCCAAUAUGUUUUACACCUUCCUUGGUGUGAAUCGCCGACUUGGCGGCAUCACAGGUUUGAAGGAGGCUCGGACCCAUUCGAAGCAAAAGAUGAGAUACGGUAAAGAAACGGGUGCCAUAUGA